CGGGAGAAGAAAGCAGGAGAAAACUCGUUUAACAGCAGAAGAUUGGAGUCAAAAUUUGUAUGAUUACUGUGUCUUUGAUGAUUCAAAAAAGAUUCUUUCUCGUGUCUCAGUUUCUCUACCCAAGUAAGAUUGUGGAAGAAAGGGUUUUGAUUCAAGUUUGAAAUUUUGGGUGGAGGUAAAGAGUUGGGAGAUUCGGAUUUUUGAUUGCUUUGAUCAGCUUCUUUGAUGUAUGAAUGUGAAAUUCUGCUGAAUUUCAGGGUUUUUCGAUUUGAGGUGGGUUAUCUUGAUCUGGGUUUCAAUAAAAAUCCAUUCUUUUUUUCUGGGGUUUUGGGUUUGCUUAACCUGUUGGGUCAAUAAGGUCGAUUGAAAUUCCUUUUGAACUUGAAUCUUACUACUUCUUUGAGAACUGGGGUUACAUUAUUUUGUUGUCUUCUUUGAAUUCUGAUACUUCUUCAUUCCGAGCUUCUUUGUGCUUUUGAUAUUGGAUCGAGAGAAUCUGAAAUUUCAAUGGCUAAUCCUCCACAACCUCCUCUUGGAUACUCUAAUGCUCUAUCUCAGCCAGACAUGCCAUCACCUAACCCUGAGAAGAGUUCAGUUCUUCCCCCUCCACCUAUCUCACAUAUACCUGCUAGAUUUCCUGCACCAAAAUUACAGCAAGAUCAUGUCGUCUCUCCAUCUAUCCCAACUCCAACUAUGCUCUCUCCCGCAAAUGGGGUCAAGGCUGGCAGUCCCACACCCCAUUUAAGCACUCCUCCUGGUCCUCCUGUGUUAAGCACUCCUCCCGGCCCUCCUGUGUUUACUUCACCUGUGCGGCCAGCUGCUGUGCCUUUCCGUACCUCUCCUGCAACUCCUCAACCGGUAGUUUUCUCAUCAAGGUCAUCUUUGCCUACAUCUUCACCUCCUCAUUUCUCAAAUGGAUCAAUUGAAUUGGACAAUCACGGUUCUCACCCUACAGAGAAAGCUUUGUCUGUUGAGGAAUCACCUGUUUUCUUCUCAGCUCAUAAGGUACUGAAGGAGAAGAAACAAGCCAAUAUACAUAGUUUAGGAUUUGGGGUGUUGGUUUCUCCCGGGAGGGAGAUCUCAAUGGGUUCUCAGGUAAUACAACGUGAUCCUCACCGCUGCCAUAACUGUGGGGCAUAUCCAAAUCCCUAUUGCAAUGUGUUAAUUGGCUCAGGCCAGUGGCAGUGUGUUUUCUGCUGGAACUUAAAUGGAAGUGAAGGUGAAUAUGCAGCUGCCCUCAAAGAAGAUCUCCACAAUUUUCUUGAGCUUUCAUCACCAUGUGUUGAUUAUGUUCAAACCGGGAAUCAGAGACCAAGUUUUGUUCCAGUUUCUGAUUCACGAAUGUCUGCACCCAUUGUCCUUGUUAUAGAUGAGUGUUUGGAUGAACCACACCUCCAGCAUUUACAAAGCUCUUUGCACGCAUUUGUUGAUUCACUUCCUUCAAUGACAAGACUUGGAGUUAUAUUGUAUGGGCGCACAGUGUCUGUCUAUGAUUUUUCAGAGGAAUCUAUAGCAUCUGCUGAUGUUCUUCCUGGUGGCAUAUCACCAACUCCAGAGUCCUUGAAAGCUUUGAUUUAUGGAACUGGAAUAUACUUGUCACCUCUGCAUGCUUCAAAAGAUGUAGCACACCAAAUAUUCUCUUCUCUUAGGCCUUACAAGUUAAACAUUUCAGAAGUUUCAAGAGACCGGUGCUUGGGUGCAGCUGUUGAGGUCGCUCUGGCAAUAAUUCAAGGACCAUCUGCUGAAAUGUCUCGAGGUAUGAUUAAAAGAACAGGAGGUAACAGCAGAAUUAUUGUCUGUGCUGGAGGGCCAAAUACGUAUGGCCCUGGAUCGGUACCUCAUUCUUAUAGUCACCCAAAUUAUCCUCACAAGGAAAAGACAGCACUGAAAUGGAUGGAGCACCUUGGCCAUGAGGCUUACAGGCAGAACACAGUGGUUGACAUUCUUUGUGCUGGAACUUGCCCCGUAAGAGUUCCUAUUCUGCAACCUCUUGCAAAAGCUUCUGGUGGUGUUUUAGUCCUUCAUGAUGAUUUUGGAGAAGCCUUUGGGGUAAAUUUGCAAAGGGCAUCUGCCAGGGCUUCUGGUUCUCAUGGCUUGUUGGAGAUACGUUGUUCUGAUGACAUUUUUAUAACUCAGGUUGUGGGUCCUGGUGAAGAAGCACAUAUAGAUACUCACGAAACCUUUAAAAAUGAUAUUGCUCUCUCGAUUCAAAUGCUUAGUGUUGAAGAAACGCAGAGCUUCUCAAUCUCAAUGGAAAAUAGAAAAGAUAUCAAGAGUGAUUUUGUAUUUUUUCAGUUUGCUAUUCAUUUUUCAAAUGUUUAUCAAGCUGAUAUAGCAAGAGUCCUUACUUUCAGAUUGCCAACUGUUAAUAGUGUUUCAGCAUAUCUUGAGAGUGUGCAAGGUGAUGUGGCUGCAGUUCUAAUUGCCAAGAGGACCCUUUUGAGAGCAAAAAAUUAUUCUGAUGCAACUGAUAUGAGAUCAACCAUAGAUGAAAGAAUUAAAGAUAUUGCUCUAAAAUUUGGGUCUCCAGUGCCAAAAUCAAAGCUUCAUCGGUUCCCUAGGGAGCUUUCUUCUCUAUCAGAGCUACUAUUCCAUCUUAGGAGGGGCCCGCUUUUGGGAAACGUUGUUGGCCAUGAAGAUGAGAGGUCUGUGUUGCGGAACUUGUUCUUGAAUGCAUCCUAUGACCUGUCACUUCGUAUGGUUGCUCCUCGUUGUCUAAUGCACCAGGAAGGGGGGAUGUUUGAGGAACUACCAGCUUAUGACCUUGCCAUGCAGUCUGAUAGAGCGGUUGUUCUGGACCAUGGGACGGAUAUUUUCAUUUGGUUGGGUGCUGAACUUGCUGCUGAUGAAGUAAGAAGUGCAUCAGCUCUAGCAGCUUGUAGAACAUUGGCUGAAGAGCUCUCUGAAUUACGGUUUCCAGCUCCUCGAAUCCUUGCGUUCAAGGAGGGGAGUUCACAGGCCCGAUACUUUAAUUCUCGAUUGAUUCCAGCACACAAGGAUCCUCCUUACGAGCAGGAGGCAAGAUUCCCACAGCUCAAGUCCUUGACAACAGAACAACGGACAAAACUGAAAAGCAGCUUUCUUCACUUCGAUGAUCCUAGCUUCUGUGAAUGGAUUCGAAGCUUGAAAGUAGUGCCACCAGAACCAACCUAAGAAUGAUGAUGCUGUUAUUUGCAGCUGUUGUGAACUUCCUCCUGAAGGGAGUCCUGGGAAUUGCAUUCCAUGCAACCAUCAUCUGUUGGAAGCUGUCUCCUCCCUUUCCUUUCCCCCUCUUCCCCCCAAGCUGUAACUCAAAUUUUUCCAUUUUUCCUUGAUUUUUCCCCAAUAUUUCCCUCUCUUAGGUUUUAGUUCUCAAAGAAAUAUUUAUACUCGACAGUUACCCAAAGCUUGACAUUUUUUUGGUUCAAUUCUGAUGCAGUCCCAGUGUAUUUCCAGGAUUAGUAGUGUUUUGGAUGGGACAGAAAUAAGCACGCCUCUUCCAUUUUCUAUAUUUUAUGUCAAUUUGUCCCAGCUAGCAAUGUUUUCUUUUUUAGCAAUCAACACUCGAGUUGAAA